GGGAAGUCUCUCGUGCCCCAGUCAGACAGUCAGUCAGUCAGUCAGUCAUCAGUCUGCCGGCUGCUGAGCGUCUCUGCACGGAGCGAGGCUGCAGACAAGGAGCACCACCGGCUGUAGGAUUUAUUACUCUGGAUUACGAAACAUUGCAUUUUGCAUUUUACUUGUUUUUUAUUUUUUGUUGAGGAACAACCUGUCAUCAUGUCUCGGGCUCCAGAUGACGUGAGCAAGCUCACUGAAAGUACCUACAAGAAUGUGAUGGAGCAGUUCAACCCAGGCCUGAGGAACCUGGUCAACCUCGGGAAGAGCUAUGAGAAGACAGUCACAGCGAUGACUCUUGCUGGGAAGACCUAUUUCGAUGCAGUCGCAAAGGUGGGAGAGAACGCUAUGGUGUCUCCAGUCUCCAGAGAGCUCGGUGUGGUUCUGAUGGAGAUCUCCGACGCCCACAGGAAGGUCUUCUUCGAACUGGAAGAGAACUUCAAGAGGUUCCACAAGGAGAUUAUUAUCGAGCUGGAGAAGAAGACAGAGAUGGAUGUGAAAUACAUGAAUGCCACCUUUAAGCGCUACCAGUCCGAGCACAAAGUGAAGACAGACUUCUUGGAGCGCUCCCAGACGGACCUGAAGAAGCUGAGGAGGAAAAGCCAGGGAAAGCACCUGUCCAAGUACGAAAUCAAAGAGAACGAGUAUGUGGAGACCAUCUCGUCGCGCCAGGUGGACAUGCAGAAGUUCAUCUCCGACGGCUGCAGAGAGGCCUUACUGGAAGAAAAGAGACGCUUCUGUUUCCUGGCAGACAAGCACUGCAUGUUCUCCUAUCAAAUUAGCAACUUCCACGAGAAAGCCAAAGAGAUACUGGCCAUGAAGCUCCCCAGCUGGCAGGAAAAGUGCAGCGACAUCAACCAGGUGCCGGACACCAUCCUAGAGGAGCUGUCCUCCACUCCAGAACAGUCGCCGCGGGUUGAACGCUACAACAGGAACAACGUGGAGUCAGGGGUGCCUCCUCCAGCACCACCACUGAAGGCACAGAUCAGUCCGCUAGCCACCAUGUUCAACCCAGAACCCAGGUUUCCGUUCACCCCCCCUUCGGACCACAACUCAGACCAGGGCAGUUCGGUAGAUGUCAGUCUGUCCCGGUCGACGUCCCAGUCGUCCAGUCUCAAUGUGGCCAAGAAGCCCCGAGUUAUGACCAUCUUUCCCCACACGGCGGGCAACAACCAAACACUCCUCAGCUUCGACGAAGGUGACAUCAUCACCCUGCUCAUCCAAGAGGAGAAGGACGGCUGGCUGUACGGAGAGCUGGAGAGGACGCAGCAGCGGGGCUGGUUUCCCUCAUCUUACUGCAGACCUUACACUGAGCCAGCGAUAUCACAAAGCAGCGAUCUUGGCACGCCGGUGCGUCGUCUGAGUGUGGCCAGUCUGCCGGAGCAGGAUGAGGAGGAGCCCGUGUUGCUGCCGCCAGCGGACUACAGCGACGGCCCCUAUAGGCCAUCGCUCCCCUCGACGCCCACACCAAAGAACAAGGUUUCUUUAGUCAAUGGGACUGCAAAGGCCCCCUUUCUAGGAGGAGGGAAUCCGUUUGCUACGGUGAAGCUGAGACCAACGGUCACGAAUGACAGAUCAGAGCCACGCAUCUAACACGAAAGAUAAGGAUUUUCACCGCUGUCAUGCCUUCAGGGGAAUCAUGAAACAUGGGACCCUUGCGACACACUGAAUAUCACCCCAACCUGACAUCUCAACAGCCUGCAUGCUCGUCUCUCUCAGCACCAGUUGGCUCUAUUAUUAAAGGAAUCCAUUUGUUUCUUGGCACAAGUGUGUUUGACUGUGCCAGUGUGUGUUUUACAUUCGCCACAACAGGGAAACAUUGCAUAAUGAACACAUGGAGAAGCGGGAAUUCUGUUUUGUAGUACAGUACAAAGAAAAUAUUUUGUGUUUAAGUAACAAUUCACCUGAAAAAUGAAAAUUUAGACUAAGUUUAGUCUAAUCACCAACUCACUGAAAGUGGGAAUCAAAAAAGUUGCUUCCUGUGAAUCCCUCGUGCAUAGGUAGAUUAUACUGAUAAAACCUACUACAGUUUAUAGAGAAGUAAUUGACCCUUCGCUAAGCCCCACCCCCUGCUGCUACUCCGUCAAGCUGUCAGAGCUACCACGGAGCCUACACUGCCACUAACUGCACUCCCUGCUGAAUAUUAGCUAAUUUUUGAAAAAAACGAAAAAGCGAUUUCAGGGAGAAACAGCCAGAAGGAUCUACAAUUUGCGUUUGACGGAUAUAUCAGGAUGUCAAACUGAUUCAGCAGUGAAAGAUAGAAGCUAAAGCCUUCAGAUCACAGCGUAAAAUUUAACCACCACCUGGCGAUCGAGACAGAAGACAAUGAAAUUAAAGGACCAAUAUGUAAUAUAUUUACUGUAAUAAAUCAUAAAAUGACCAUUACGUGUCAUCAGAGAUUAAGGAAACAUGCUGAAUUGAAAUACUGUCUUCUCUGACAACAAUGCUACAGCCACUAUGUUCUCCUUUGAAAUUUCUAUUCCGGUCCGGAGCGUCUGUUUUUGUUUUGGCCGGUGUGUUCCCGUCCACUGCAAAAUUUCAACACCCCGUUGCCGCAUAUGAAACAAAUUGGAACGCAAACACAGCCUUCUGCAGCCAUGGAAGCGAGCUAAUAAACUGGAUCAACAGAGAUAACGUUAACGUUAGAUUCUACCUGACCUGAAAAGUCAAGGCACAUCUCUCUGUGUGCAGCUGGGUUAUCAAGGCAGCCAGUAUUUGAGACACACAGCCGUUGAAGUGAUUCCGACUAACGUUACUACUGGCCAGAGGCUAACGGGUCGUGUCUAGAAGGUAACCCUCAAAUUGCGAAAAAUUUGCAUUAACUGCCAACAGUCACACCGGAGGAGCGGACGAGCCACAGCUCCAAUAUUUUGAAUGUGGACUGCUGUUACCCAUUUUAAACGCUAGCUGUCAGUGCUACAUAUUAUUCCUUUAAGGAACAACACUGUUCCUGCAAAGCUGGGUAGGUCUUUAUUCACUGUUACAAUCGUUUGCAUAGUGCUAACGCUAAUUUAGAAACAAACACCUCCUUCCAACCUCUCCGGGUCUAUGGAGAAGGCCCAUGUAGUUGUCAAACCCUGGUCAGAGCUGGUAAAUGCUACGCUAUGAUUGGCCAGACUGCGUUAGAGGGGCGGGACUUAGCGAAGGGUCAAUUACUGAAUGUAAAUACAAUGAGUGGGAAUGAGCUAUUGGAGCUAAUUGUGUGUCUGGUGGUCCCACAAAUACCAAUGGAGUUUCUACUGGCAUUGUAACGAGGUGAUAAAACCUGAGUCUUCAUUUUGGGGUGAACUGUCCCUUUAAGAUGCAAAACAGAUGCUCAGACAGUGUCAUAAGGUCUUUUCCAGGUUGUUUGUGCUGCAGUCAGUGCAGUGUUUUAAUACAGAAUGAAGAGAUCCAGAUAUUAAUGAUAGAUGCUGACGAAGAAGACCAGCACCCAGGCUGUCUACCUGACUUGCCAAAAAAAUAUAUUGUUAUUUGUUUUUAUUACAAUUAUUUUUGUCUUUCUUUUCUUAAGAGGCAUUAUGAUAUACAAAUAUUGUGAGAAUGAAGGGAAAGUGACGUGUUGGGAAAAGGGGUUUGUCGUUUGAGUGAAGGCAAAACAGUAUGUCACUGUUUAAAAUGAGAAGGCUAUUUAUACACACUGAGUUUGUAUGAGAUAUUUAAAUAAAAAAACAUGUGUGCAGAAGUCCAUUCUGUGAAGGCGCCCCUUUGAAUGCGAUAACCAACUCGCUCAUGAUCCCGAGCUGAUUUUUGAUUUGACUGCUGGUAUGUAUUUUAAAUGGGCAAAAUGACCUUUUGAUGAAGGGAAUAUUUUUCACUCCUCAUUGUUUUCACUGUCGUUUAAUGUAGAUCCUGUGUACAAUGCACAGUUUAUACAAAAUGAAAAUGUACCUUACUGGUAGAUAUUUGCAUUGUAUGAAUAAAGUGGGUCAUUGUUUGAAAUCUAAGUAUUAAGUGUUUUGUGAGGACUUUUUUUGCAAUGUAUUUGCUUUACAGAAUGUAAAUGUAUAAUGAGGAACUGACUGAUGAAACGGUUUGUUGAUCCUCAUAGACCCACUCGUGUGUGUAAGUGAACCCAUCAUAGUUAUUGCCACAUGCUUUCUUCAGAGUACCUUGCCACUGUGUUGACCGAUGUAGUCUUUUUUUCUCAAUAAAACAAGGUAAAGCAAAA